AUGAUUAUUAUUAUACAGGAGGAAACAUCCCAGAAGAAAUAUGCUGUGGUUGGACGUUUUCCAUUUGUUGGACCUUGGUGGAAAGUUAACAUUAAAGUUAAACAGGUGGGAUCAAAGAAUGUUGCACAAGGAUAUCCAUCAUAUUUUCUACAGACUGAUAUUGGAGAGAACCAAAAAGAAGUGUUUUCUCUCUUCUUGAAAGNGUGUGAAGUUCCUGAUGAUUUUAUACUAGCAUUUUUUAAUUGGCUUCCUGCGAAUGCAUCUUUGGACUUCAGAAAUCUUGAAGAAAUACUAGAUGAGUUUCAAAAGUCAAAACUUAAGAAAGGAAAAAAUCCCAGAGAGACCAAAGAAUUUGACAUCUUUGUUUAUGUUAGGAACUCGUUUACAGGAAAGAUGGUAUUGAUUGCUUUGAUGUUCCCAAUGAUACUGGAAUUCCUGCCGAGACUUCUGCCACGUUAUUUUUGCAAACUCAUGGAGGAAGUGAAUUGGUGUAGAAAGAGUGAAAUGAACGGAGAUGAGAGAGAAAAUGCUUCUUACAGAAUGGAAAGGCUAAUAGCAUUGAAUAAGAUAUUAAAGAAUGAACCAUGGAAACUUGGAUUCAGCACAAUAACUUCACAAGAACUAGGUCUUUUCCAUUGUGAGGCAACUUGGGGAGCUUUCUGCCAGUGUGAACACCUCCUUUGGAAGAUUCCUGAAUUGCAGAAGAAUGCAUUAAUAAUAUACAAUGCACUGAAGCAAAGAUGUAGAGAUAGGGGACAUACCUGUGAAGAUCAAGAUGAAUUAACCAAUUUGGUUUCUAAAGAUAUGCCCAUAGAGCAUGCCUGGCAAUCCCUUAAAUUUUUGAAAGAUGAGAUGAUAGUGAUCAGUGAGAAAAAGCUUGUAUUUCUUGCUUCACUUUACAGAGCUGAAAUAGACAUUGCAGGUUCUGUAAAACAUCUGCUAGCAGACACCACAUGGCAUCUACAUGGUGAUGUGCGAGAGGUACUCAAUGUUAGUCAUAUUAACAAAUCAAAAGCAAGAGAUGAUGAUGAUGAUAAAGUAUCCAAUGACCAGCUUUGUGAAGCAGAGAAGCUGAAGGCAAGCCAUAUUCCAGAUAGUCAUGACAACUCUGACAAUAAUUUGAAUUCUAGUGAACAGACACCAGAUAUAGAACCCAUAAAUGAAGCAGAAUUGGAUCCAGACCAAGUGAAUGCUGUGAAGAUGAUUUGUUCUAAUCCUGUGACAAUCAUAAGUGGAAAAGGGGGUUGUGGGAAGACUACAGUAGUUAGCUCUCUCUUUCAGUAUUUACAGAAGAUGGAAAAAGAAAUAGAAGAUGCUUGUAAAAGUUUUGAAAAUGACCAAGAUGUAACAGAUGAGUGGAAUACCUUUAGUCAUUGUUCUGACAAAAAUAAUGUUCAUGAACGCAAGCUUUUAAAUGUAUUACUUACUGCACCCACAGGAAGGGCAGCAAGCCUGCUGAAUGAGAAGACUCAUCUUCCUGCUUAUACACUUCAUCAGAUCAUCCAUAGCUUUUACACAUGGAACUCAAAAGAUACACACUACCCAUGGAAGUUUUCUUCAGUGACAGUUCUGGUUGUAGAUGAAGGGAGCUUGGUGUCCGUACGACUUCUUAGUUCAGUUUUAAAACUGCUGUGUGCACAUGCUCAACUUGCCAAGCUUAUUAUUCUAGGUGAUGUUAGGCAGUUACCAAGCAUUGAUCCAGGUAACAUGCUGGCUGACAUGUUUGAGGCUCUGAAGCUAAGACGUGGGUCCGUGGAACUGAGAACUAAUCAUAGAGCUGAAUCUCAGCUAAUUGUGGACAAUGCCACAAGAAUCUCACAGCGGAAAUUCCCAGUAUUUGAUGCAACAAUCACAAUCACCGGUUGGAAUGAGAAUGUGACCAUGCCAAGCCCUGCGAAGAAAUUUAUUUUUGUUGUUUUGCCUUCCGAAGGAGAUUCUGAUUGCUUGCAAUAUGCCAUAAAGACUUUACUUGAAAAAGGACCAGGAUUGCAAGAUCCCAAACAAUCACAGUUCAUUGCUUUCAGAAGGCGAGAUUGUGAUCUAAUAAAUGAACUCUGUUGUCGACAUUAUUCAGAUCAUGUAACCAGAAACCAUAAAAAGAAACUGGUUUUUCAAUGUAAUGACAAAAUUUGUUGCACAAGGAAUACCUAUCUUACAAACCUUCGUCCAAGAAAUACCAAAACCUGCACAAGAAAUAGUGAUUCAGAUAAUCCUAAACAAUGUGACUGCAUGGCAUGCUCGAUAAUGAAAGUCUCUCGCAAUGAGCAAAGACCACGCUUUAAUCUCGGAGAUGGUGAUGAGGAUGGCAAACGACUAUGCAAUGGAGAUAUUUUUUUCAUAACAGAUGAUUUGGAAAUUAAUGGAUGCCGUCUAUUGACUAUCAGCAGCACAUAUGGCUCUGAAUUUACUUUAUUGUAUAAAGCACUGAGAAGAGCAUGUCAUAUAAAACAUGCAUGGGCCAGAACUAUUCACACAUUUCAGGGUUCUGAGGAGAAAACAAUUGUCUAUGUAGUUGGGAACGCAGGCCGACAGCAUUGGCAGCACGUAUACACCGCUGUAACUCGAGGACGCUGCCGCGUCUAUAUUGUAGCUAAAGAGACUCAACUCAGGAAAGCAAUUACUAGCAGGAAUUUCCCCAGAAAAACUCGCUUAAAACAGCGUUUAAAAGAGGCAUUUGCAGAAGUGAGCAGCUGUCCAGAGCAAACAGACUUUCUUCUACAGAGUCAGUGUCAGAGUCAAGAAUAUGUCACUCUACCUGGUCUGGCAUCAGUAACUCAGGAUGUUCUUGGCGUUUCUGUACCAGCUGAAGUUGACAUCACCAAACAGGAGAAGUGUACAGUUCUUGAUGAAAUGGAGACUAGUAAUGGACGGAGGAUAUCUGCUGCACUGGGCAGCGUAGGAAGAGAGACUGAGACGCCUGUGAAAUUAAAUGCAUGUAAAAGGGAAAGGAGUCCUACAUCGAAUUCCGAGAGCCCUUUGAAAAUAACUUUGAUAACUACUGAAGACUCUCCACUUGGGACUGCCAAACUGAAGAAUCUGAAUUUGGGAAACCUCACUCCAAAAGCACUUUUUUAAAAAUUAACAAGCAAAGAUACUCAUUACUAUGCUACUUAACUAUUUUGUACAAUGAAAAAUAUGGUUUUGGAACAGAAAAAUUUAAGUAUUCAUCUCAAAGCUUUUUUAAUAUUUUUUGCAAGUUGUUGAAAAACAGCUUAUUUUAAAAUGGACAUGUUUUAGUCAACUAUUUUAGCAGAAGUUAGAGAUGUUAGUUUUCAAGAAAAUGUUGAUCGUGUUGCCUUUUUAUUUGGGAACAACAGAAAAGUUGCAUGGACAUUUUCAGAUACAAAAGUUCCCUUCUUUACAAGAUGGUACAUUGUUGGUCCAGCCAGAGCCUUAAAUGUUAUGUAAAAUAUUGGUGCAACCCAGAGGUAUCUUCUAGUUUAUCUCUCAUAGUAUUAGGGCUUGAGUAGAGGCGUCAUUGCAUAUUCAUGCUGGCAUGCUGCCCUUUUAAAAACCAAAGAUUUAUACACCAUGUGGAUUUUAAUUUUCUAUGUAAAUUGAUGGAAGUUUCAGUAUGACAGUAAUUAAGACACUACCACCAUACAUAAAAUAUUCUGCUGAAACAUGAAUUCGAAUCAGACUGUAAUAGACUGUACUGUGAAUAGACUAUAACCAAGUUGGAAUGAGUGAUUUUCAGGGGGAAGGGAAGGACUUUCUCUUUGCACAGCAUAGGGCCCAGAAAGUAAUAUGUUAGAUUCCAGUUUUCUGCUCCUUAUGUAAGUAGUAAUGAGCUUCAAAUGACUUGUUUAACUUUGGUAAUACAUAGUAGGGCCAAAUCCUGUAAGAUACUGUGCACACAACACUCAUUAGCAGUGUUGUAUGUUAAGUCUCUAAAAAACAAUGAGGCUGGCAGUGAUUUUUUUUUAAAAUAGUUUGGAUAAUUAUGUGGCUUGCUGCGCUGGAGUUUACAGGAUUGGGUAAAUGUUCCAACUAUUUCAACUGAUAUGUACUUAAACUGGCAUGGCUUUCAUUUGCAUAUUCCAUAGAUUAUAAGAAAUGUCAGUGCUUCUCUAAAAAGAAGAUUUGUAUCUUUCUUGUAAAAAUGCACAUUUGUGGUAAAAGAUUUACCAAAGAAAAUCCUAUUUAAAAAUAACCGAAAAAUGAGGAUAGUGAAGUGUAGCAUAUCUAUAAUGGUUUGCUAAGCCUACCGUUUUAUCUGCUUUAUAGCACAAGUUUUGUACAUGUGAAUACCAUCUCCAUGUUAAUAACACUGUCUUUAAAUCACUGUUUAUUCCAUUUUAUACAGCCUUUCCAUACAAAUAUUUGCAACAGUUUGAGUUUCCAAAAACAUACAUAGACGAUAAAUAUCAUGCUAUUAAAGUAUUAAAUUUGUACAAAAAUACUUUACAGUUUAAUACUCAUUACAAAUAAAAAUACAUAUUUAAGUGAUUCAUGAUCCUGUUUUUACAUGAUUUCAAUUUAAACUUUUUUAGUGACUGAUAUUUCUCUGGCAGUGCUGAAAUAUAAAUUGGACAUGACGCUUGUGUAUAGGGCAGGUGAGCUUGAUCGUUUUACAGAUUAAGGAAAACAGCAGUAGGGAUACUCUUCCUAAACAAUUUAAAUUGACCAGAACGAAUCUUGUUGUGAGAUGAUUGCUUAGAUAUGAGGACUCUACAGUUAGUUAAUGUACAAAUCUGAUAUAUUUUAUAUUCACUAAACAAUAAUUACCAUAACAACUGGAAUACUGGAACAAAUCAAAACAGUUGCUGGUGAGAAUAAAAAGCAACUGGCAGUAUUUUAUUGCUCUGAGGGGAUGGGACAGGAUUUAUGAUAUAUUUGUAAAAUGUAUUUACAAUUUAAAUUUUCUAAAAACUUUAAGGAUAAUUACAAGAAGGCUGAAAACAGGGCCUAUUUAAGUGAAUUUUAACUACUGAGUACCCCUCAAGAAAUUCUUAUUGGUAAGAAAAAGUUAAUAUGCAACAAUACAAGAUAGAUUUGUAAUGAUCAUUCUCAUUGAUACAAUUAAUUGAUAUAGUAAAAAAACUCAUUUUUUUUCUUUUUGUUCCGUGAUUAAAUAAUGCAUUUAAGGUUUUUUUUAAUUAUUAUUCAAUAAUCCUUCAGAAUUUUUGACUACCUAAAAAUCUCUCUUUGAAAAGAAUCAUACAGGUUGCAAGACAUAUCCUGUUUAAUACUUCAUUGCAUAGGAAAUAACAUAUAACGCCUAAUAAAGUUUUACCACAGUUUUUGGCAGUAAACUUCACCAUCACAUGCUGCAGUUUCUUCCGUGCAUUUUCUAAAACCAUUUGAAUAGUGCUUACUCUGAAGACUGCACCUCUCCAGCAGCACACUAUUCACAAACACUACAUUCCUAGCCAUUUAACAAGCGACUUUCUUGGUGCAGCAUACCACCAUCUUGGAAAUCGCUCAUCCAGAAACCAGCUGGUUUACAAAUUAGUAGACUUGUAUUUAAAAACAAAAUCUGGACACCAAAGUAAAAAGAGAUUGAUCCAAUCUUUUUCUCUCAAAAAUGAUGAUGCUGUAAAGAAGGCAAAGAGCAAAAAUAGUGUCUUUAAACACCUCCCUAAUUUCUUAGUCAGGGAAAAAUUAAGGCCAUUAGCCAUUUUCUUUACUGAACAUUGCCAUGAUUUAUGGUAGUAGGCUUAGGUUGCAAUGGCACUUCUCAGUAGUCAUACCAUCUGAAAUAAAACUGCAACUCCGUUGCUGAAGUAAUAUAGGCCUUGAAACAGAUAGUUGGACCCCUUGCUCUUUUUAAUGCCACAUGGUAUCUGUGCCUCAGUUAUCACAG